ACGUGGAGGAGGGAAGGCACAGGAAGUUGGACGCUAACCACCGAGCUAGCAUGGAGAUGACCUGACACCAUCCAGGAAGUGACCUCGGAUCACGUUCAUCUGUUGGAACCAUGGCUGGUGGUCAUCAUCGCCAUGAUGACAUCAUCACUCAUGCUGUUGGCGUGCUUGAACCUGGCGUGCUCACAGGCUCCUCCCACCAACCACACGCCGACCAAUCACAGCAAAUGUGGCGGCAGCAGCGAGUGCAAAGAUGGCGUCAUCUUGUCGGUGUGGCGGCCGGAAGACCCCACCUUCUCCGAGCGGGUGGCUCGGGCCAGCAUCUAUUUUGCGGGCUUGGCGUACAUGUUCCUGGGCGUGUCCAUCAUCGCCGACCGCUUCAUGGCGUCCAUCCAGGUCAUCACGUCCCAGGAGAGGCGGGUCAGCAUCAAGAACGCCAACGGCCAGAAGGAGAUCACCACCGUGAGGGUCUGGAACGAGACCGUGUCCAACUUGACGCUCAUGGCGCUGGGGUCCUCGGCACCAGAAAUCCUGCUGUCCGUGGUGGAAGUCUGCGGUCACAACUUUGACGCCGGCGAGCUGGGCCCCAACACCAUCGUGGGAAGCGCCGCCUUUAACAUGUUCGUCAUCAUCGGCCUCUGCGUCUACGUCAUCCCCGACGGGCAAACGCGGCGAAUCAAACACUUGCGCGUCUUCUUCGUCACGGCCGCCUGGAGCGUCUUCGCCUACAUCUGGCUCUACCUCAUCCUGGCCGUCUUCUCGCCGGGCGUCGUUCAGAUCUGGGAGGGGCUUCUCACGCUCUUCUUCUUUCCCGUGUGCGUGGGCUUGGCGUACGUCGCCGACCGCCGCCUGCUCUUCUACAAGUACGUGUACAAGCGCUACCGAGCUGGGAAGCACAGGGGCGUCAUUAUCGAGACCGAAGGACGGCCGGAUUUUCCCUCCAAAGCUGACGUGGAAAUGAAUGUUGGAAGCUUCCUGCCGGGGGGCCGGGAGCUGCGACGGGGCGAAGAGCUUCGACAGGAGCUUCUGCAGGGUGGGGAGCUGCAACGGGGCAGGGAGCCACCGCAGGGCAAGGAGCUGCCGAGUGGCGAGCGUGGCUGGAGAUCGGAAGAAGCGGAGUUGAAAGCGAAGCAGCUGAUGGCGUUCAACACCCCGCUGGCCACGACAGGAACAGCCGACGUCCCAAAGAAGAGGGCGGCCCACCAGACAAGAACAAACAGGUCCUCCUGCGAGGUCUUCUUCCAGUCCUCCAGCUAUCAAUGCGUGGAGAACUGCGGCAGCAUGGCACUGAACGUGGUUCGACGAGGCGGCGGCCUCAGCGCGACAGUCGCCGUGGACUACCACACACAAGACGGCACCGCCAUCGCCGGGUCAGACUACCGCUCGGCACGCGGAACCUUGGUGUUCGCAGCAGGCGAGACGGUCAAGGAGAUCCUCAUCGACAUCAUGGAUGACGACAUCUUUGAAGAAGAGGAGCACUUCCUGGUGCACCUGAGCCAGGUGAGGCUGACGUCCCACCAGGAAGGAGAAGAAUCCCACGUCACUUUAGGUGUGUCCUCCACCGCCACCGUCGCCAUCUUGGAUGACGACCACGCGGGCAUCUUCAACUUGGAGGAGGAGAUGCUGAGUGUGAGUGAAAGUGUGGGCGUGAUGGAGGUGAAGGUGCUGAGAAGUUCAGGAUCCAGAGGACUUGUUCUGCUGCCGUACAGAACCCUUGAAGGCAGUGCUAAAGGUGGAGGACGACACUUUGAGGACAAUCAUGGUGUCCUGCAAUUUCACAACAAUGAAAUAUGUCAGAAUGUGAGCAUCCAGGUGGUGGCAGACGAGCAGUACGAGAAGAACAAGAACUUCUUCCUGGAGCUCGGUGAGCCUCGUCUGCUGGAGACGAGCCAGAGAAAAGCUGUUCUCCUCCAAGAAGAAGAAGGUGGACUUUGCCCAACAGGUAAAGACAUCUACAGGAAGCUGCAGGAAGCAGACAGAGGCCACACCUCCUCCAUCUUCACCACCUCAGGUGACCAGGACGUGCCCACCAAGGAGGACCAGGAGAGGCGCAUCGCUCAGAUGGGUCGACCUCAGUUGGGCCAAAACACCAAAGUGGAAAUCAUCAUCGAGGAGUCGUACGAGUUUAAGAGUGCGGUGGACAAAGUGAUGAAGAAGACUAGACUGGCCGUGCUGAUAGGAACAACAUCAUGGAGGCAACAGUUUGUGGACGCCAUGACAGUCACUGCAGGUGAUGAUGAUGAUCAAGAAGAAGAGAAGAAGGUUCCUUCCAGUCUGGACCUUGUUCUUCACUUCCUGACUAUCUUCUGGAAGCUUCUGUUUGCCUUAGUCCCGCCCACAGACUACUGCAGGGGCUGGCCCUGCUUCCUGGUGUCCAUCAUCAUCAUCGGGGUGUUGACCGCCUUCAUCGGGGACCUGGCCUCUCACUUUGGCUGCACCGUGGGCCUCAAGGACUCUGUCACCGCCGUGGUCUUUGUCGCCUUGGGCACCUCCGUACCAGACACCUUUGCCAGCAAGACGUCGGCCUGCCAAGACCAGUACGCCGACGCCUCCAUCGGCAACGUGACAGGAAGUAACGCCGUCAACGUGUUCCUGGGCAUCGGUGUGGCCUGGUCCAUUGCUGCCGUCUACCAUUACUCCCAGAACCAGGAGUUCAGGGUGGACCCGGGAACGCUGGCUUUCUCCGUCACGCUCUUCACCAUCUUCGCCUUCAUCUGCAUCGCCGUCCUCCUCUACCGGCGCCGAGCCGGGAUCGGCGGAGAACUGGGCGGGCCGCGGGUGCCCAAGAUGUUGACCACGGCUUUGUUCUUCAGUCUGUGGUUGAUGUACAUCAUCUUGUCCUCGCUGGAGGCCUACUGUCACAUCCAAGGCUUCUAGUCUGCUCCAACAUGGAUGCCCAGCUCUUGGUUACAUGACCAAACCCCGCCCCCAUGGGAACAUGUUUGGAUAUUAGCAUUAGCAUUAGCACACGAUAGUAAACACAUUCAACUCAAGUCGUCUGUUUUGGAAUUUUUACUGUUCAAUAA